UUUGCAAUCUGAAAAAAGAGAAGCAUAAUUAUUUUGUAUUUAUUGCAUAUAUUUAUGCAUGUUUAGACUAAGAAUUUGUUGGAGCUUAAAAGUAAGAUUGUCAACUCGCAGUACAGCCAGCAAGGGUAUGGCGACACCGUUGCAGAAUGAGGACAACAAACUGGAUACUUUUCGGCGAAUCUGUGAUGAAAUAGCUUCGGAGUCAAGUUACCUGCGAAAGGUGGAGAGGCUGGAGGGAUUCUUUAAGAAGGGAUCAAAAGGCACGGUGUUUGAGGGUGAUUUUUUGCUGUGGGUGCAAUUCCUCAUUCCCGGGGCCACUCAGCGUGUGUACAAUCUGCAGAAUAAAGCUUUAAUAAAAUUGUUUUCUCGGAUCUUAAACAGUGAUCAGAAUCAGAUGCAAUUAGACCUAGAGCAGGAUGGUGAUGUUUCCGAGACGCUUCGGAAGCAUUUUGCUGCCUCUGCCAAACUGAAACCACAAACGCAGAGUAAACUCUACCUACAGGAAGUGGACGAACUGCUUAGACAAUUAGAACAGAAGACCAAGGAGGAUGACCAGACUGAAUUGCUAAAAGAGCUGUGCAAGAAAGCCACUGAAUUGGAUCUACGCACUUUCAUCCGCCUUAUUAAGCAGGAUCUGCGCAUAAAUGCUCGUGCACGGCAUAUUCUUGAUGCUUUCGGUCCCCUAGCAUAUCCUGCCUAUCAAUCCUCUCGUGACCUUACUGCCAUUGUGCAACAAUUCGCUGGCAAAGCCGUCAAAACUCAGGCUAAAAGUCCAGCCAAGAAAUUAAAAACAACUACAAGUGCAAUUCAGGUAAUGACCCCCAUAUCACCAAUGCUGGCCAAUGCUUGCAAGUCGGUGGAGGAGGCCUUUAAAAAGAACCCUGCUGGUCUGUUCGGAGAGGUCAAAUACGACGGAGAGCGCGUACAGAUUCACAAAAAGGGUAAAGAGUUCAAGUUCUUCAGCCGAAAUUUGAAGCCGGUGAUGGAUCACAAAAUCAAGCGACUGACAGAGUAUAUUCCACGUGCGUUUCCUGGUGCUGGUGAUAUGAUUCUGGAUUCGGAAAUUAUACUAGUCGAUACUGAGACGGGUGCUUUACUACCUUUUGGCACUUUGGGUGCUCACAAGAAGCAUGAGUAUGCCAAUGCCUCGGUUUGCCUAUUUGUCUUCGAUUGCAUACUCUAUGAUGGCGAGGAUUUGAUGCAGCUCGAAUUCCGCAAGCGUCGAGAAAUACUCGAACAAAACAUUGAACCCAUCAAAUCCUAUGUACAGCUAUCAGAAUCGCAGUUCCUGAAGACUAAGAGCGAACUGGCCAUGAUGACAGCGAAGGUAUUGCAGGCCAAUCUAGAAGGUGUGGUGUUAAAAAAUCCUAAUGGGACUUAUCAGCCUGGCAAACGGAACUGGUUAAAGGUCAAAAAGGAUUAUCUUUUUGAUGGUAAAAUGGCUGACACAGCAGAUUUGGUUGUGCUUGGUGCCUGGUAUGGAUCUGGCAAAAAAGGCGGUGUGCUGAGCAUUUUCCUAAUGGGCUGUUAUGAUCCAAAAGAUCGUUUGUGGAAAACAGUCACCAAAGUGCACUCGGGUCUGGAUGAUAGCACAAACGAUGAAAUACAUGAGAAUCUGAUGAAGCUAACCACGCGUGCUGAUGCCAACAAGACGCCCAAUUGGCUGCUGUGCAAGAAAUCACUCGUGCCCGAUGUGCUGGCCGUAGAUCCACAAAAAAUGCCAGUGUGGGAGAUAACUGGUGCAGAAUUUACAAAAUCCGAAGCUCACACUGCGGCAGGCGUUUCCAUACGAUUUCCAAGGAUCACGCGAUUGCGUAGCGAUAAAACUUCAAAGGAAGCAAACGAUUUGCCUCAUCUUUUAAAUUUGUAUGAAGCUUCAAAGAAGAAUGUUAAUGUCGAUCUAUUGUUGGCCAAUUGUGAUAACGAUAAGGAUGGAUUGGAGAAAAAACUGGCACAGGAGAAGACGCCAGAGAAGAGAAAAUCAUUGGAAAACAGUGCUAAGAAAUCUAAGAAAUCCAUCAGUAAAGAGGAUGAAGACUCUCAAUGUAGUAGUAAAAUGAUAAAACGUGAAGUAAAUAAACCUUCACAAAAAGGACUACAAUACUACUUUAAGCCAGAUAAAAUUCAAAAUAAUGUGAAAUCUGAGCUUAAAACAGAAGUCAAAACUGAACUCAAAACUCAAGUUAAAAGUGAAACACAUACAGCUAUGGAAGUAGAUGAAAACACGCCAAAACAAGUAAAGAGCAAGCUAUUUUCAGGAUUGGUGGCGCACUUUACAAAGGAUGCCACCAAGUCUAAGCAAAUGCAGGAAUUCGUUCAACAUGGUGGUUCUCUAACAACGAAUACACAAAAGGCUGCUCUGGCAUUCUAUAAUACAAAUACCAGUGUAAAUUUGGCGCACCUGAGGCCCCUUUACCGCCGCAGAUGUCGCCAUUUAACCGUUAGCUGGUUGGACAGAUCCAUAGAGACCCAGACCCUUCAGCCUUAUCCACUUUACGCCGUACUGUUAAAAUCGUAACCAUGUCGGUCUUAUCUUUAAAAUAUUUAUACCCUCUACUGUUAUUAUUGCUAUUCUAUGUACUUGUACAUGUUUAUAUUUCUGUGCGAUAUAUAUUUAUUUCAAUUUAUCAAAA